AUCAAUUUUGCCUGUUUUUGGCACUAGGCAGGGACUCAUGCUGCCUCACAGCUCUUGUUUUCUCAUGGAAACGCCUUGGCUAUUUGACGCCUUGUGGGCAUAGAGAAUUAUGAAAAAUCGAACCUAACGGGCUUUCUAUGAGCAAUGUGGAAGUAUUUUUAAGUUCAGGAAACGCCUUGGCUUUCUAUUGUGCAAACAAAAUAGGGCAUCAGAUGAAGUGAUUUGAGGUCCAGGAAAAGCUCAAAUUUCUUAAGCAGACUUUGAUCUGAUUUUGGCAUGGUCGACACUGAACUUUUAAAAGACAUAAUCAAUGGCCAAAAUUAUCCACAGGUCUGUUGUCUGCAAAACCCACCUUUUAUAUACUAUUUGUUGGAACCCCUCUGCUUUUGUGGCUUCAUUCAUAUUGCCUGCUUUGAUGAACCUAAGAAGAAUCAGUACAAGUAGGACUAAUUACAUUCAGAAUUCUUCUGAUUUUCUGAGAGAAAUCUGCAACAUCGUGACACAGCAUUAUCAUAGAGGCCGUUCAAUUUUACCUCUAGAACAUUUGGCCCCUAAACUGAGUACCCAACAAGCUGUUUCAGUGGUUGAGCUGCUCCAGAGGGAUGACCAGGGGCUUGCUCUCAGUUUCUUCUAUUGGACAGUCAAGCAACCAAAGCACCAGCUUCAUAUUCAGCUUUAUCAAACCAUGGCUAGGUCCCUGGUUAAUGGUGGUCUAAUUGAGGAAGCCCAGGGUGUGUUGCAGUUAAUGAUUAGAAGUUUUUCCCAAGCAGGGAAGAUCAGAGAAGCUGUCAAGACUGUUUUUGAAAUUAACAAUGAAGGACUGACAUUGAAUGUGCACACUUUUAAUUGUGUACUCAGAGAGUUAUGUCAGAUAAUGGAAAGUUCUGAGGUAGCAGAGGAAUUUUAUAGAGAAAUGGUUGCCAAUGGUGUCGCACCUGAUGCUUGCACUUAUAAGACACUGAUUGGGAGUUUCUCUAGAGAGGGAAAACUCAGAGAAGCCGAGCGGCAUUUGCGAAGAAUGUUAGAAAAGGGAUUUGAGGUAGAUCCUGUUACAUAUACUGGAAUAAUCAAUGCAUAUUGCAGGAGGGGUCAUAUGGGCAGAGCAUUUGGGUUGUUUGAGAAGAUGUCACAAACAGGUUGUGCUCCUAAUGUUAUUACUUAUACAACUCUGAUCAAUGGUUUGUGUAAGGCAGGUAAGGUGAAGAAGGCCUUUGAGCUGUUGGAGGAAAUGGUUAAGAAAGGGUUUAUGCCCAAUGUUUAUACACACAGCACUCUAAUUGAUGGUCUCUGCAAGAAAGGAUGGGUAGAAAAAGCGUUUCGACUGCUUUUGAAAUUGGUGAGGAGCAGUAAUUCUAAGCCUAAUGUUUAUACUUAUACUACCAUGAUUGAAGCAUACUGUAAGAUAAAGAAGUUGAGGAGAGCUGAAAUGCUGUUCAGAAGAAUGCAGGAACAGGGUUUGGCUCCAAAUUCUGUGACCUACACUGUUUUGAUUGGAGGACACUGUAAAGAGGGUAAUUUGACUCAAGCAUUCAAGCUGUUGGAUAGAAUGAUUGAAGAGGGUUGCACGCCUAGUAUUUGUACUUAUAAUGCAAUAAUUGAUGGUGUUUGCAGAAAGGGUAGGUUACAUAAGGCUUACGAAUUGCUGGAUGAAUGUAUUCAACGUGGGCUACGUCCUGAUAAGGUAACUUACACAAUUUUAAUCAGCAGACACUGCAAACAGGGAGAUACAAACCAGGCUUUGAAGUUGUUUGACGACAUGAUUGAACAUGGCUGUGAACCGGAUAUUCACACUUACACAGCAUUGAUAAGUGGUUUCUGCAAAGUGGGAAAUUUGGAGGAUGCAGAAAAAUACUUCUCUGAAGUGCUUGAAAAGGGCAUGGUACCAAACAAAGUAACUUAUACUGCAAUGAUUUAUGGACAUUGCAAAGCAAAUCAGGCUAAUUUGGCCAUAAAGAUCAUGGACAAAAUGAUAGAAAAUGGUUGUAUACCUGAUUCUGUCACCUAUGGUGCUCUGAUAGAUGGACUUUGCAAAGAAUUCAAGGUAGAGGAAGCCUGUGCAUUAUUUGAUGGAAUGCUUAAGAGAGAGUUGGUUCCUUGUGAAGUGACUUAUGUCACCCUUAUCAAUGUAUAUUGCACAAAAGAGGAGUUCACGCUUGUUUUGGAGUUACUUGACAAACUUGAUCAAAAGCAAAAAAUCCGUGCUUUCAACAAUGUAAUCAAGAAACAUUGCAAUGAAGGCAAACUUGAUCAUGCAAAAAUGCUUUUAUAUAAAAUGUUGGAAAGAGAUAUUCUUCCACAGCAUUCAACUUACGAUGCGCUUAUUAGCUUGUGUCACAAAAAAGGCACUUUUGAUGUUGCUUCCACCCUGUUGUUAGAAAUGGCUGAAAAAGGUUAUAAACCUAAAGAAGAGCAGAGUCAAAAAAAGAUUCACACAGCUGAAAAUGUAAUAUAUUAUUGAAUGGAGCCUAAGCGAUGGGGGGAUACUACUCUGACAUUGGAAUUACCCUUGAAAUCAAGCGAAUAGGGGCAUAGAUGCAAGGUGUGAAUCUCCAUUGCAAUUGCUAAUGAGUUUUAAUCUGAGACCAUUUUACAUAAUGGUGCUAUGUUUUGCAUCAUUAUUCUGAUCUGAGGGUUCAUUUUUUAAUUUCUUGCUAGGAUGACAACCAUUUUGAAUAAUCUUCAAUCCAAGUCUUCUCAUUUUGAGGGUGCAGAGGAAAAAUUGCAAAACAUUGAAUAUUCCUCAUGAAGUUGGAAGUGCAAGCAUUUCCCUGAAUAUCAUAAUGGCGAUUGGUGUUGCCCUGAAUCAGCUAAUCAUCAGAUUGUGAAAACAUGGGCAGGUGUCUAUGUGACCUCAUUGAUUGCUGCAGGAUCUUCUGAAGAAUGACAGAGAUGAAUCCUCGAGAUUUGCAUGGAGAUUUGUUAAAGUAUAUGUCACUUUUACUCAUGGUACUAUAAGUUCUUUAAGAGAAGUGAUAUUUUUCUUUCAAGAAUAAUUUCUGAUAUAAAUUUUCUCUAAAAGUGGAGAUGAUUGCACUCUGCAGUUUGCAGUGUCGGUGACCUUUCAUCUAUUCCUUAGACAUAUGCACUGCGAAAUUCUGCUGAGAGAAUCCAAGGUCUUAUACCAUACAUUGCUAGACAAAAUAUUCAAGUCCAUUACCAUCAUUUGUCCUAGCCUCCACUAUAACUCUUAAAUUCAUUUCAAUAAUCUCAAAGUCUGAAGAAAAAGAGUUGAGCUGACUCUUUGGCUCGGUCUAUGAAAAAUCCCCAUGAGCUGGUGCAAGAUUCUCAGGUGAUGGAGUGGUGAUGACUUUUUAGGUAACCUGGAACAGAGGUGGUUAUCAACAGCAAUUUUGGGAAUUGUUUAAGGGAAACUAUUUCACGCUCCUCUUGCAUGAUUUGCUUGGCACUAGAAUUUCAACAUGGAUGAUGUGGCCUAGAAUUUGCAGCAACAGGUUGCCAGCCAUGAGUUGAGCACCAUGUCUUUGCAUGACUUGAUUACAGAUUCUGUUUUGGCUUUUGUUGUGAAGGAGCUUCAGGAUGCUCAGUCAUAUGUAAUCUGAAUUGAAUCAUGUGAUGGUUUCGAGGUGUGAGUACAAUCUAAUAAUGCCUUCAUUGCUGAUAGCAAGACAGUAGGCAUAUUGCAAGUUGUUAAUGAAGGAAUACAGUUCGAUUUUGGUUGAGUUUUCUUCCCUUUUUACAGAUAGGGAUGGGAAUGAUAUAUUUGCUGGUUCUGGAGAUUUGAUUGUCAUAUUGGUCUUGAACUGGAGGGGCAGUAAAAAUAGCAACUCUGGAGAAAGUCUCUUGAAAUCUCAUGUAAGCAUUGGACCAGGAUGUUUUAUAAACAAAUCAGAUAUCAAGUCUGGAAACUCUGGAGAAAAAUGACUGCACAUGAAGGUUGAAUUUGUCUACAUGUUAGAAUUUCAGCAAUUGCAGUUAAAUCUGCAGAUACAUAUAUAGUCUGUGUAUCCUUUUUACCGAUUUAUUUUCAUUGUGUGUUUUAUCAGGGUCUAUUUGUAAAAUCUGUUAUUAUGCUUCCUUCUCUUUUCUUAAAAUCUGUCUGGCACAUCAUAUAUAUUGCUGGAUUUUAUUUUCUCAUAGUUCAAACCAAUCCCCCACCCCCUCACCUCCCCACUCCUCAAUUUUGCCAUCUGACUAUUAAUUUUUAGGGUUUUUAGGGUUUGAUAAUAACGGACCACAGCUAAUAAUUAGACCUCAUGGACAAAGAAGGGUUGCAGCAGAAUUAGACUGGAGGCAGAAAACUAUUCUAUCUGAUGUAAGUACAAAUCAAUUCAUUCCUAGGUUGUUAAUAAUUGUGUUGUGGG